UUUGAUUUCUUGAGAGGAAAGUGUGAACUUCCACUCCAGGAUGCAGGUGGCAUUAUGUGUGCUGUGUGUGGUUCUGUGCAUAAACGGGGGCUUCUCAUCUCCGCUGAAGUCUGCUCAGAGCAGGGAGAAGCUGGCCUCUGUUGAUGAUGUUAACAUUCUGAUGUACGGGGUGCUGCAGUUCAGUGAGUCCCUGCACCACAUAUACCAGAGCACAGAGGCCAAGCUGGCCCGCGUCACACAAGCAAUCAGCAGAACCGAGAGUGAUGUGAGGAGACUGGGCCAGGACACAGAGGAGGCAGCUCAAACUGAAUGCCAGAUCAAAGAGAAACUCCAGCUUAUUCAGGCCCAGAUGGAAGGGCUGCAGGUCCAGGCCCAAGAGAACAGAGGUACAAUCACCAGGGUGGAGCAGGAAGAGGCGGCACUAAAGAAAAAACUAACCACUCUGGAGGAAAACUUGAACAGCUCUGUGCCAGGCAAGAUCAAGGAUACGACACUUAAAAACAUCACUAUCCUAAAGGAUCUGAUGAAGUGGACGGAGGAACAGAAACUGAAACUGGAGAUUCAAAACCAGCAGUUGGCCGAGUUACAGAAACGGAAUGUGGUGUAACCACUGAAAAACCUGACUGUUUACCUGAGAAGAGCAGGAGCAGCAAUCCUCAAACACUCCACAACAAACAGAUCUCACACCUACUACAUUUCCAUAAUAUAACUUUGUUAAUAAUUUCACUCACAUUGGGCUUCCUUCAUGAAACACAAGCAGGAUGUCACAAAAAAUGUGCAGCUUUUUUUGGUUUAUCUAUGUAAAUCGCAUCGAUUUAGAAGACAUUAAUUUAACCGCUGGAGACUUAUCGAUGACGUUUAUGUUGACUGUCUGUUAUUUUUGGAGCUUCAAAAAUCGGAUCACCAUCUACUUGCAUUUUAAGGACCUACUGAGCUGAGAUAUUUUUCUAAUUGGUUUAUCUAUGUUUAUUAUAGCAUAAUACACAAUUAUCUAUAAUAUGCAUGUAUUUGUGGUUUAUUGGUAUAACCAAAGAAUAAUAAAAGUGUAAAUAAUUAAAUUCACAAGGUAAAACAUCAAAUAAUGUGUUGUUGAGGUGCUUUCAAUACAUCACAGGGUGAAUCGAAAUUACAAAUCAUUCCUUUUUGUUUUUAUCUGCAUUUCCCAUACUGUCCCAACUUUUUUUGAUGAAUGUGAUUUGGGCUAAUUUUUGGAGGGUUUAAAAGGCAGAAAUGUGAAGCUUAUAAUUUUAUAAAAGCACUUUCAUUAAUUCUUCUGUUAAAACUCGUGUUAUUUGAGCUGUAAAGUUAUUUAAAUUUUCAUUUUAGGGUUUGUUGACAUUACAUCAUCAUGGCAACAAAGUAAAAUUGGCUAUAACUUUACACAGAAAAGGUUAGUGAGUGAUGUUAUCACACUAAAAUCAUGUUUACAUGCAUAUUGUUUAUGUCUUGUAGCUAUACUUUUGAAACAGUGAGUAUUUUAAUGUUUAAAGAUUGGCCCCCAUUCACUUCCAUUAUAAGUGCCUCACUGUCACCUCGAUUUUCUGCCUUUUUUUUUUCCUAAGAGAAGGAGGGACGGGUCAAAAUACAUUUUUGUGGUAAUCAAUAUUAUGCCAAAAAUACUGCUGA